UCCACCUCAUAGCAUGUCCUCAUGGCAUACUCCGUCCUUAUGGUUCGUGCGACACGCACGCCAGUCCACCCCAGCCCUUCCGACCUCAUGGCGAUAAGCCAACGCUCAAGGCGAAUACGUCGCCCAGGCCAGAAUCUAGUAACAUGCUGUGAACGUACUAUCAGUGGUAAUAUAGUACGCCGACUGCUUGUGUCCUUAUCGCUUAUCUUCACUGCAGCCUGAGAAGUCUCUACUUGCGCUACUAGAACUGCUACUAGCACCCUCGUAAGACACCGUCUUCCCCGGAAAUCGUCUUCCCCAGACACCGCCUGUCAUCAUGUGGCUUCGGAGAUCUCGGCUUCCCCUCUGCCUCCUGCUGCUCGCCUGCCCUCUCGUCGCAGAAGGGUUGCGUGUGCCCGACAGUAACUCGGCCACGACUGUAACCUUGAUUGGCGACAAGACUCUUCGUGCAGAUUCGCCAGCGAGGCCAAUUGGCGCUUUAGUAACAAGGGAAGGCAUUCCAGAAGAUUCACUGGGGUCGUACGAGAGUCAUGCUGUCGCGCGGCUGAGGGGCAACGACAGCGUGACAGCAGCGAUCCGCAUCGUGGUCUUCCGCAACGCCACCAGCGCCAACGUGCGCUACUCGCUGCGCCUCAGCGGCCUCACCACCCCGGGCUUCCCCACGUCCGUGAGGGUGAUUAAAGCCCGGACCAGCACGCCGGUGCUCUCCCUUUCCUCCGCGUACUGGUCUAAUGUGACCAACAGUCCCCCGUUUGACCUCGGGUCGAUUGUUCAGGGCGACAGGAAGGUGAUGAAAGUAAGGUACAAGUACACGGCGUCUGGAUGGUGUUACGACGCAGAGCACGUUGCAGCAGAGGCUGGCUUGUCGGUGGCUGGGGCUUUAAGGAGAAUAAUGGCAGCUCCAAGGUCGUACCAUGGGGUUAUUGAGGCCCCUGGGGGAAGGGCGACUGGGAUGUUUGCUGUGGGAAAACCAAACACCUGACAAGGCUUGGUAAUACACGUAAGGGGUAGAAGUAGACAGAAUAAUAGCCUGUACAUGGCUGCUGCUAAUCCCUGUAAUGCCAGGAGAUGUGCACCAGAAUAAAGGCGUGUACAAUGUGUAUGUAAGACAUGCUGGAUAAACA